GGAAUUGGGAACCGACACCUGAAGGCAGGCCGGGCGGGACCCACCGCCAGAGCUGCCCUGCGGGCGGAGAGCACCCACCUCCGCCCGCCGGCCCGCUUCGAAGCGCAGAGCCGCCUGCCCGUGCGGGGACCGGAGGGGAACCGCGACAAGCACCGAGAGCUAUCAGCGACAACCGCUGACUGACCGGAGGCCGCGCCUGCGCCCUGACCGCCCCGGGCCCCCACCCCGCGCCUCAGGCCGCGCCUGCGCCGUGCUCCGGAGCUGUCAAUCGCCUCCCCCCCCGCCCCGCUCCGCCACCGCCUCACCGCGCGGCGCCGCUCGGGCCAUUUUGCGGCGCGAUGAGGCGGGAGCGGUGCUGAGCAGCGGCCGUGAGCAGCGCCCGGCCCGCUCCGCUCUGCUCUGCACCGCGCCUCACCUUGCUGGGGCCCGGCCCUCCCGCCCGCGGGGCGCGCAGGGGAAGGAAGCCUCAGCCAGGGCACAGACUAGACCCCGAGAGCCCCCCGCCCGCCCCUCAGCGCCGGCCCUCGGCGGCGCGGCGGAGCCAUGAGCUGGGGCACGGAGCUGUGGGACCAGUUUGACAACUUAGAAAAACACACGCAAUGGGGUAUUGAUGUGCUGGAAAAGUUCAUCAAGUUUGUGAAAGAAAGAACAGAGAUUGAGCUCAGCUAUGCAAAGCAGCUUAGGAAUCUUUCGAAGAAAUACCAACCCAAAAAGAACUCCAAAGAGGAGGAGGAAUACAGGUACACAUCAGCUAGAGCCUUCCUAGCCACUUUAAAUGAAAUGAAUGACUAUGCUGGACAGCAUGAGGUCAUCUCAGAGAACAUGACCUCUCUUAUCACUGGAGAGCUAACGCGCUAUGUGCAGGAGCUGAAGCAAGAGAGGAAAUCGCACUUCCACGAUGGCAGAAAGGCACAACAACAUAUUGAAACUUGCUGGAAACAACUUGAAGCAAGUAAAAGGCGGUUUGAGCGUGAUUGCAAAGAAGCUGAUCGAGCACAGCAGUAUUUUGAGAAAAUGGAUGCUGACAUCAAUGUUACAAAAGCAGAUGUUGAAAAGGCAAGACAGCAGGCCCAGCUGCGACAUCAAAUGGCAGAAGACAGCAAAGCAGAAUAUUCUUCCACUCUACAGAAGUUCAACAGUGAGCAGCACGACCAUUACUACACACACAUACCACACAUCUUCCAGAAAAUACAAGAGAUGGAGGAAAGAAGAAUUGUGAGGAUAGGUGAAUCCAUGAAAACUUUCGCAGAGGUCGACCGCCAAGUGAUCCCUAUCAUUGGGAAGUGUCUGGAUGAAAUAACAAAGGCUGCAGAAUCAAUUGAUCACAAGAAUGAUUCCCAGCUGGUAAUAGAAGCCUUUAAAUCAGGGUUCGAGCCCCCGGGAGACGUUGAAUUUGAGGAUUUCACGCAGCCAAUGAAGCGGACUGUCUCGGAAUCCAGCCUUUCCAACUCCAGAGGGGAUGGGAAGUCUGAGCCGAAGUUCGGUGGCAAAUCCAAGGGCAAGUUAUGGCCAUUCAUCAAGAAAAAUAAGCUUAUGUCCCUUUUAACAUCCCCCCAUCAGCCCCCUCCUCCUCCCCCUGCCUCUGCCUCACCCUCUGCUGUUCCCAACGGCCCCCAGUCUCCCAAGCAGCAAAAGGAACCCCUCUCCCAUCGCUUCAACGAGUUCAUGACCUCCAAACCCAAAAUCCACUGCUUCAGGAGCCUAAAGCGUGGGCUUUCUCUCAAGCUGGGAGCAGGGCCGGAAGACUUCAGCAAUCUCCCACCUGAGCAGAGAAGAAAGAAGCUUCAGCAAAAAGUCGAUGAACUAAACAAAGACAUUCAGAAGGAGAUGGAUCAAAGAGAUGCCUUAACGAAAAUGAAAGAUGUGUAUAUCAAGAACCCGCAGAUGGGAGAUGCAGCGAGUGUGGACCACAGACUAGCAGAACUUGGACAGAACAUUGAGAAGUUACGAUUAGAAGUUCAGAAGUUUGAGGGCUGGCUGGCGGAGGUGGAGGGCAGGCUGUCCAUGCGCACUGAGGCCCGGCGCCAGAGCGGGCUCUAUGAAGCCCAGAACACCUCAGCAGUGAACAGCUGUGCACAGGACCGCGAGAGCAGCCCAGAUGGCAGUUACACAGAAGAGCAAAGUCAGGAGACUGAGAUGAAAGUGCCCGCAACGGAUUUUGACGAUGAAUUUGAUGAUGAAGAACCACUACCCACCAUAGGAACAUGUAAAGCGCUCUAUACAUUUGAAGGUCAGAAUGAAGGAACAAUUUCUGUAGCAGAAGGAGAAAUGCUCUAUGUAAUAGAAGAAGACAAAGGUGAUGGAUGGACACGAAUCCGAAGGAACGAAGAUGAGGAGGGCUAUGUCCCUACGUCGUAUGUUGAAGUCUAUUUGGACAAAAAUGCCAAAGAUUCCUAAAGGUGUUUGUGCUGGUGCAAGAACCUCGGGGCGAGCUUGUCACAGAAGGAGAAACAAAAUGGUCUGUUUACCCUGCAGGCAGUUAAAACACACCCAUGGAAAGCCAGACUCCCACUCUUGUCUGGAGUUCCCCCUUGACAAAUUCAGACCUAAAUUCCAUCCCAGCAUCAUUCAGACGCUUGCUCUUUUCCAUGGCAUGCUACUUGUGGCUCAGACUAACUUCCCAGCCUUCCCCACUCUCCUGCCAGCUUGGCACAGCCCCUCCAUCAGACAUAACCAACGCUUCCCACCACCCAACACCGCUCAGAGCACUGCUGGUGCAAAGGGUGACCACAGAGUCCCAAAGCAUGUGCUGGUCUGUCUUCUGUCCCCACCUCGUCCCUCAGUCCAUCUGAAUGUACGCACUGGUCCAUCAGCAUUUCACACAGUGCCUUUAGUGCUAAUCCCACAGGUAGUCCCAUCGGAAGGGGGGUGCCCAAGCCCUCCCCGGGAGCAGUGGUACAGCAGCUGGACUGGGCUCUGCAUUUGCAGCUCUUACAUUUGAUCCACACGCAUUAUUCAAGAUUGUGCUUUCCCCAGAGGUCACUAAUACUUGUCAGCCUGUAUUUUUGUGUUUUUAAACCUAGGCUGAUGCUCAUGCCAAGUAUUAAAUCCCUAUGACCUUGCUGUUUCCUGAAAGCCUUCGAGCUCACGUAUGUACGCUUGUUUUCCUGCUUGUUCUCUCUGCCCCUUCCUCUUUAUUCCCCCUUUUCUCUCCCUCCUCCUCCUCUCUCACACACACACAGACACACACAAACACAGACACUGGCAUUUUGGUUUGGAGCCCCAUUUUGCUCGUCACAGAGACCUCCGUUUUGCUCUCGUUUCAGUCUGCAUGCUCGCCCUGUUGCCUUGCCUGCGCCCACCUUCCCCGGGGUCACGGUAUUUUGUGGCUCCUCAUUUAAUCUCUCUGCAGUUUUCUUUUGGUUUGGGUUUCAGCGUUUCAGACCUGCCUCCUCCUCCUCUUGCAUGACCCCUUGUGCGUUCUCAUCAGUUCGUGUUUGAGUAACAGGGUUGGUUUUUUACAAAAUAAAAGAGGAAAAAAAGAAACCCCCAUUCUAUUUCCUUCUCCCACCUUGUCGUGGACUGGACCCUCGACCCAGAAGCCAGACAGGAACGUGACCCUCCUGUUCUCACCUGAUUUUGUUUGAAGCAGAAGUAGCAUGAUAAGUGAUGCUCCACGCCGUGGAGAGAGAGCUGUAACGUCUCCAAAUCCCCCAUGAUCUGGACCUCAGCUGCCUAAGAAAGGGUCACUUGCUUCUAAACCUGACACUUUAACUGUUGGUGUCCCCUGAGUCUUUACCAUUGCUGGGAUUUUGCAGUCAUCUUGUACAUGUUUGAGCCCUGUAAGGUUCAGUUGCUGCUUAAUAGCUCCUGAGGGCCUCAUUUCUUCAUAAAUCAACGCAGCAUUUGGGGGAAUCUACUCACUUUUAGCAAACUUCAGCAUGUUUUGUAAAAUCCCCAGAAUUUGAGGAGAUUGAUGUGGAAGCCACUUAGAGGCAGUGACCCCAGAAUGAAACCUCUCAGGUUUAGUGUGCAUGAUGCUCUGUGCAGGCUCAGCACCACGGCCUCUCUGUGUUGGGGUGCUGUUCCCACUCCAGCUGGAGUCACUUUUGAGUUGGGUUAUAUGCUGUGUUCAGAGCUCUGUCCCUUUCUCUCCAUUCAAGAUUCCACCUUUUAUUCCUAACAGCACAGAAAUCCCUCAGUCCUACAGUUAGUGCUGUAGCUGGUGUGAUGGUGCUUCGUAUCUGCAAGCAUCAACCAGCAGAAGGUUUGGAAUCUAACUCAAUGUGGCUCAGGAGCCUGCACGGAGGCCAUUCAGCUGCAGUGGCAGCAGCACUGGAAGGGUCAUCAUCAGUUAAAUCACCAUCCUUAUCGCUGCUGCUGCUGCGGUCACUGUUUAGAUCCAGGAGCCUCCAGUAGCAGAAUGGGAUCCGUGUGGUUGGCACCAGUGGCUUUGUACAAAGAUGUGUGCAAAGGCUUUGCUGGGUCCAUCCACCAGGGGAUCUGAACAGUUCAGCAGUUACCAGACGUGCAAAAACAUCCCUACAAUACUUUUUUAGCUGCACUAUUUUUCUUCUCGUGUCCAAUGCACUGUGGAAUCAGCAGCUGGAAGAAUUCCUCCUCACCUCUUGUCAUGCCAUCUAUGUAAAAAUUAGACGUUUGCUUUUAUAUAUUUAAUCUAGGUGGACAGUAUAUUAUUGUCAGCCUCUUUGUGGAACAUUGGAACAAUUGCAAUGUCUGUGUCGCUACAUCGCGCUUUAGAAGGAGCAUUAGCUUUGGCUGACUGAUAUUUUUUUUUUCUUCAAAGGUUUUAGUAAAAGACCAUGGACAGAGUUUUUAUAAACUUGGCAACUAAUUCCCAAAGCCUGGAUCUGAAAUCUUGCUGCACGAAAUGCUCAGCGGCCUCCACGUGCUGCGGCCUCCACGUGCUGCAGCCUCCAUGUGUUUAUUCCGCUGCCUUGAUCCAGGGGAAUGAAUUUUUGUAGGAUUUACCUUUUUCAAACUCCAAAGGACUAAAAGAUGUGACUGGUUUAUAAAAACUCUGCUUGAAUUGACUAAUCCUGCCCCGGCAGCAGGGCCUGGACAUCCUGCGGGAUCCCAUCCUCCCCAGCAAAAGUCUCUAAUGCCCUUUCUUAACACCUGUAAAUAGAGAAGAAACAGAUUUACUGAUACUCAAAAGUUGUGUUUAAUGCCGAGUAUUUUUCAGACGUUCCUUUAGUUCGAUGCAGGUUGUUCUUUGGGUUUUGUUUUCCUGCCUGAAGUGUCAAAAAAGACCUAAAAAAAGCCAAAAUUCUAUUUUAACCUGACGACGUCGAGCACUUUUUUAUUUGUAUAUGUGUGUGUAUGUGUGUUUGAGCACUGAUCUCUAGAUGGUGGCAUCUCCGUGUCGUGAUUUCAUUGCCAAUGUCCAAGGUUCUGGUGUUGCCCAUUCAUUUCUGGAGACAGAAUUCAACCAAAUAAAGUGCUUCCAUUUGAAAGCGAAUAUUGACCUUGUAACAGUGAAAGGAAAGUCAUCCACGUAUUUAAAUAAACAUUUAAUUCCAGAAA